UGUACGUGUUGAAUGUUACUUUCCUGCACCCCAUGUUUCUCUUAGUCUUUAUGCACAUGAUAUACCCUCAGUGGCCACUUUAUUAGGUACAGGAGUGGAGCCCAGUGUGGUCUUCUGCUGCUGUAGUCCACCUAAUUCAAGGUUCGACGCAUUGUGCAUUCAGAGAUGUUCUUCUGCACACUACUAUUGUGAUUAUUUGAGUUACUGUCAACUUCCUGUCAGCUUGAACCAGUCUGGUCAUUCUCUUCUGACCUCUCUCAUUAACAAAAUAUUUUCGCCCACAGAACUGCUGCUCACUGGAUGUUUUUGUUUCUCACAUCAUUCUCUGUAAACUCUAGAGACUGUUGUGCGUGAAAAUGCUGGGAGGUCAGCAGUUUCUGAGAAACUCAAACCAUCCCACCUGGCACCAAUAAUCAUUCCACGUUCAAAGUCACUUAGAUCACAGUGCAGAAUCAGGUUUAAUAUCACUGGCACAUGUCUUGAAAUCUGUGGUUUUGUAGCAGCUGUACAUUAUAAUGCAGAAUAAUAUAUAUAAAUUACAAUAAGAAAUAUAUGCAUAUAAAAAUUAAAUUAAAUUAACGGUGCAAAAGAAGAGCAAAAAAGAAAACAAAAUAAUGAGGUGGUGCACAUCGCUUCAUUGUCUAUUCAGAAAUUUGAUGGUGGAGGGGAAAAAGUUGUUCCUAAAACAUUGAGUGUGUCUUCAGGCUCUUCUACCUCCUCCUUGAUGGUAGCAAUAAAAAAAAGGACAUAUCCUGGGAGAUGGGACCCUUCUUACAACCUGCUUACUAUUCCCACAAGCAGCAUGUACAACAUUCUUGCUGGAUUGAAACAGAAGGUUUAUAAAAGUUUUACUCAGAUUGUGUUGGAGAUUGGUUUUAGUAGUCCACCACUGUUCCAACAGAGCUAACUGGAGAUCAAAAAUGAAGUCUGUUCUUCAAAGAAUCACUCCUUGACCUAACCAGCAACUUUAAAAUAAUUUUCAUUUCAUUUUAAAUUCAGGAUCCAAAAUGAAUGUGAUACAGUACAAACGAUGCCCUUUCAUGAAAAACAGUUGAAUUCCUUUUCUACAUUUAAAGGCAAUGGGCACCAGGGUAUGGUUCAAAACAUAUUUUCUUGUCAUCUACAGAAAUAUUAUUUUAUAUUUAAGGGAUUUGCACAACAAAAUGAGUUAAUAUCUUACUGAGGUGGAUUGCAAUCUGGUUCAUCGUUUCCGGGAACAAAUCUCAGAAAAGAUAUCCUGAACUUCUAAAGGGUUGAUGUAGGUUCACCAGAAUUCUACCAGUUUUAGAAGAUUAAAUUGUAAAGACAGACUGGGCAAUUUUGGCUUGCAUUCAUUUGAGUUAUGAUUGAGGAUGUUAAAUAGAAGCAUUUAAAUUGAUAAUAGAAAAGGACGUAUUAGAAAUGCUCAAUACUCAGUUCGAACUAUAUCUAUGGAGGGAAAGGGUAAACAUUUCCUGUCAAUGACGUGGAAAUUGAUGGAUUCAAAAGAGCGCAUGCAGUGAAGCUGCUCCCUUAAAAGGAAACCAAAUGGAAAUCAAUUGCAAUUACAAAUCAGGGAAAAUAAACAAGAUCAUAAGACCAUAAGAGACAGAAGCAGAAUUAGACCUUUUGGCCUAUCGAGUCUGCUCUGCCAUUUCAGCAUGACUGAUCCAGCUUUCCUCUCAGCCCCUAUUUGCUGCCUUAUCUUCAUAUCCCUGACCAAUCAAGAAUCUACCAAACUCUGCCUUAAAUAUACAUAAAGGCUUGACCUCCACAACUGCUUGUGACAAAGGAUUCCACAGACUCACCACUCUCUGGCUAAUUUCCACCUCAUCUCUGUUCUAAAAGGACACUCCUCUGUUCUGAGGCUGUCCUCUGGUCUUCGACUCUCCCACCAUAGGAAACAUCCUCUCCAUAUCAACUCUAUCAAGGCCUUUCACCAUUCAAUGGGUUUAGAAACAUAGAAAACCUACAGCCCUUCCAUGCCCCUAUCCAAAAGUCUCUUAAAAGACCCUAUCGUAUCUGCUUCCACCACCGUUGCCGGCAGCCCAUUCCACGCACUCACCACUCUCUGAGUAAAAAACUUACUCCUGAUAUCUCCUCUGUACCUACUCCCCAGCACCUUCAACCUGUAUCCUCUUGUCCCCUUGGAAAAAGCCUCUGACUAUCCACACGACCAAUGCCUCUCAUCAUCUUACAAUGAGGUCACCCUUCAUUCUUCUGCAUUCUAGUGAAUACAGGCACAGAGCCAUCAAAAGCUCUUCGUACGACAAGCCAUUCAAUCCUGAAAUCAUUUUUGUGAACCUCCUUUGAAUCUUCUCCAGUUUCAGCGUAUCGUUUCUAAGGGGCCCAAAACUGCUCACAGUACUCCUCACCAAUGCUUUAUAAAGUCACAGCAUUAUAUCCUUGCUCAUAUAUUCGAGUCCUCUUGAAAUGAAUGCUAACAUCGCAUUUGCCUUCCUCACCACAGACUCAACCUGCAAAUUAACCUUUAGGGAAUCCUGCACAAGGUCUCCCAAGUCCAUUUACCCCUCAGUGUUUUGUAUUUUCUCUCCAUUUAGAAACCAGGCAACCUUUUCAUUUCUUCUCUCAAACUUCCUGACACUGUAUUUCACCUGCCAUUUCUUUGCCCAUUCUCCUAAUCUAAGUUUUUCUGUAGCCUCUCUACUUCCUCAAAAUUACCUGCCCUUCCACCUAUCUUCAUAUCAUCUGCAAACUUGACAGCAAAGCUAUCAAUUCCACCAAAUCAUUUACAUAUAACGUAAAAAGAUUCGGCCUCAACACAGACAAUUGUGGAACACCACUAGUCACCAACAGCCAACCAGAAAAGACGCACUUUAUUCCCACUUUCUGUCUCCAACCAAUUAGCCACUGUUUUAUCCAUAAUAGAAUCUUUCCUGUAAUACCAUGGGUUUGAGCUUAUUAAGCAACCUCAUGUGUGGCACCUUGUCAAAGGCCUUCUGAAAAACUAAGUACACAACAUUGACCAAUUCUCCUUUGUCUAUCCUGCUUGGUAUUUCUUCAAAGAAUUCCAAAGAUUUGUCCAGCAAGAUUAUCUCCCAAGGAAACCAAGGUAAUUUUGGACUAUUUUAUCAUGAGCCUUCAAGUACCCUGAGACCUCAUCCUUUAUAAACAACUCCAACAUCUUCCCAACUACUGAGGUCAGAUUAACUGGCCUAUAGUUUUCUCUUUUCUGCUUCUCUCCCAUCUUGAAGAGUGGAGUGACAUUUGCAAUUUUCCAGUCUUCUGGAACCAUUCCGGAAAUCCCUCCACAAUCUCUUCAGCCACCUCUUCCAGAACCCUGGGGUGUACACCAUCUGAUUCAGGUGACUUACCUACCUUCAGAUCUUUCAGUUUCCCAAGAACCAUCCCUUUAGUAACCAUAACUUCACACACUUCAUGGCCUCAGACACCUGGAACUUCCACCAUAUUGCUGGUGUCUUCCACGGUGAAGACUGAUGCAAAAUACUUAAUCCGUUUGUCUGCGAAUUCCUUGUUCCCCCAUCACUACCUUUCUAACAUCAUUUUCCAGUGGUCUGAUAUCAACUCUUGCAUCUCUUUUACACGUCAUGUAAAUGAAGAAACUUUUGGUAUCCUCUAAUAUUAUUGGCUAGCUUACUAAUCCCAUCUGCCUGCAUAUGUUGCAUACCCCUCCAUUCCUUGAAUAUUCAGGUGCCUGUUGCUUUUGGAUCUCCUUCCACCUCUACCCAUGGCAGCACACCCACCACUCUCUAUGCAACACCAAAACUUGUCUUGUUACUCUCAUUCAAAAUUUCUCCCUCUCAUCUUAAAGCUAUGUCCCCUAGUAUUCAAGAUUUCCACCCUCAGCCAAAGGCUAUAUCUACCCUAUCUAUGCCUCUCAUAAUUGUAUAUCUUUUGAAAAGGUCACCCCCGAGUUUCUGAUGCUCCAGAGAAAACAAUCCAAGAUUUACUCCCCCCCACUAAGGAAGUUGACAAGUUGCACUUUUAAACACAAGAGAUUCUGAAGAUGCUGGAAUUCCAAAGCAACGCACACAAAGUGCUGGAGGAACUCAACAGGUCAGGCAGCAUCUAUGGAAAUGAAUAAACAGUCAGCGUUUCAGGCCAAGACCCUUUUUCAGGACUGGGAAGGUGGGGAAAGUUGCUGGAAUGAAAAAAUGGGGGAAGGGAAGGGGGAUAAGCUAGAAAGUGAUAGGUGAAGCCAGGUAGAUGGGAAAGGUGGAGAACAAGGAAUCUGAUGGAAGAAGAGAUUGGACCAUGGGAGAAAGGGAAGAAGGGGCAGCAAGGGCAGGUGAAGAGAAAAGAGGCCAGAAUGGGGAAUAGAAGAGGAAAGGGGGGGGGGUUUAAUUACUGGAAGAGAAAUCAAUGUUUAUGCCAUCAAGUCAGAGGCUACCUAGAUGGAAUAUGAGGUGGUGAUCCUCCAUCCUGAGAGUGGUCUCAUCAUGGCAGAAGAGGAGGCCAUGGACCGACAUGUUAGAAUGGGCAUGGGGAUAGGAAUUUAAAAGGUUGGCAACAAGGAAAUUCCACUUUUGACGGACAAAGCGGUCCCCUUGUUUAUGUUGUAUCUUAACAAUGUAGAGGAAGCUGCAUCAGGAGUAUCAGAUGCAAUAGAUGACCCUAACAGAUUUGCUGGUGAAGUGUUGCCUCAACUGGAAGGAAUGUUUGGGGCCCUGAAUGGAGAUGAAUGGUCAGGUGUAGCGCUUCAGUUGCUUGCAGGGAACCUUCCAGGAGAAAGGUUAGUUGGAUGGGAUGAAUGGACAAGGGAAUAUUGUUGGAAAGAUCCCUGCAAAGAGGAAAGUUGGAGGAGGUAAAGAUGUGCUUGAUGAUGCAAUCUUGUUGAUGGCACCUUUGUAACCUGAAUAACUUCUGUAUUUCAGAAACAUUAUCAAUGGGAAUAUAGAAUAAUAUAAAGAUUAAAUUCAGUGAGUGAGGAGUUAUUGCAUGAGGCCACACUGCCAUCUACUGCUGACAACCUUAUUGGUGCUUAUUUUUAAAUUGGGUGUCUAUGUACUUCAUUCAUCUGCAAUUAAGCAAAAAUAAAUAUUAAUAAAACUAUGUUUGCUAAUAAAAAUAAAAUAAAUAUUUAAAUAUUCACUUUUAUUCCUCAUCUAAUGAUAAACAUUACAGGUGAAAUGAUUCACAGGAUUAGUAAGAACUGUUGUUCCUGAAAAGUAAGUAAAAUGAAAACAGUAUGAAAGUAUCUGAGUGAGAGGCAUAUUUUUCAUUGUUAUUUUCAUGUUGGCUAAUGAAAUGUUCAAAUAUAAAUAUAAAAACUCUAAAAGUUAUGGAGAUGAGGCUUUUUUUUUUAGCCAGAGGGUGGUGAAUCUGUGAUAUUUAUUGCCACAGACCACUGUAGAGGCCAAGUCAUUGGGUAUAUGUGCUUCAAAGAAGCUGAUAGGUACUCAGUUAGUAGGGGCAUCAAAGGUUAUGGGGAGAAAGCAGGAGAAUGGGGUUGAGCAGGAUAAUAAUUCAGCCACGAUCAAAUGGUGGAGUAGAUUUGACAAUCUUACGGCUUAAUUCUGCUUCCAUGUCUUAUGGUCCUAUGGUUAAUCAGAUGGUUUAUGUGAAUUAGCAACACACACAAAAUGCUGGAGACUCAGCAGGCCAGGCAGGAUCUAUGGAAAAAAAUGCAGUGGACGUUUUGUGUAUGUUGCUUGGAUUUCCAGCAUCUGCAGAUUUUCUUAUUUGUGUUUUAUGAGAAUUAGUUGUUGCCAAGGUCCUUGUUUGGGGUAAUGUAACUCGGAGAAAUGUACAUCAUUCACAACCAUGAACAUCAAGUUGGGGUUUCACGUUAAGAGGUUGGUUCAUCAUGAUAAAAGGUGAUAGGGUUUCAUUAAAUAUUAUGAAACCCCUAACACCUUUUAUUGAACUCCAAAACCUACACAACAAAAGCACGCUAAAACACUUUUACCUAAAACAUCACUAUGUCAGACCAACUUCUUAAAGUGCAACCCCAGCUCAAUGUCGAUGGGUGUAUAUUCUGUACAUUUCUCCCUGUCAUCCUACUUGUAACAAGCCUUUAAAAUGGAAGUCAUGACAUAUUUUAUAGAACAUUUCUUCAGCUAUAAAAGGUUUAUUAUGGCUGGCUAUGCUGUAACAUCCAACUUCAGCACAGUUGGGAAGGCUUUGAUGAUACAUAAAUUUACCAAAGUGGAAGGACUUUACUUCCACAGAUAACUGAAUAAUGUGGAAUUAUCAUCCUUGGAACAGAGACUGGGGGAAUAUAGUAGAGGUAUCAUGAAAAACAAAGUAGAUAGAAACCCAAUUCCUUUGUGAACUGGGGAUUGUAAAAUGAGAAUGUUUGCUUGAAGAACUAAAAGUAACAGAACAUUUUGUAUGGCCAGUGCUUAAGGUCAGGAAAACACUCCGAGUUGAGGUAAAUUUAGUUCUAGCAUCCAAAGGGGAUCUGCUGAAGUACCUGAAAAAAUCUGCAGAAAUACAUGGAGCUGGGAGAAGAGGGUGUGCAGGGUUGUACACGAAAUGCCUGGUUGGACUCGACAGGUAGAAUGGCCUCCUUCCAUUCUGGAACAAUCAACUUGUAACUUUCUUGGCUCUGAUGAAAGGUCCUCCGCUCGUAAUUUUAACUUCGAAUCUCCACAAAUCUUGCUUGAACUUUCGGGCAGUUUGCGUUUUUAUUUCAUAUUUCAGGUGUCUCGUUUCCCCUUUUUAACAGAAGUCAGCCUAUUUGAUGGAAAAAUCAAACGCUCAAAAUACUCAACAGUGAUGGAAACGUGACAAAGAAACCGUUUCAGUUCAAUGUCCUACUAGAUGGUGUCAAGAGGAAACCUUCGGGCCGUGCGCCCCCGACUCUGCCGCCCAGAACACGCCCAGAGCCCGGCCCAGGCUCAAAUCCACCCCCAGGCUGCUCGGAGGCCUCGCGAGAUUUGCGGCUGCGUUCACGUCAGCGUCAGUCGUGGCACCUCAUCCUCCUGCCGCUGGUCGCUCCGUUGCCAUGGCGGGGUUAUGGUUUCUGGUGGCCGCAGUAUUCAUCUUUGUCCCCGUCUGCAGUUGGACUUUUGCGGAUGCGAGCGUGUCUCUGCUGUGCGCGGCGGCGGCGCUGGUGGCGGUGGCGGUGUCGCUGAUGUGGGCAUCCCGGCGGCGGGGAGGGCACGACCGCAGGGCCGUGUGUGUGCUGGUGAUGGGGGACCUGGGCCGUAGCCCCCGCAUGUUGUACCACUCGCUGUCUUUGGCCAGACACGGCUUCAGCGUCACUGCUGUCGGCUACCCCGGUUCAAAGCCUCAUAAAGAUGUUCUACAUAAUGAUAAGAUUAAAAUUGUCUACUUAACAGAGAUUACAACAGUAACAAAAUUUGGACCAAAGAUUUUUCAAUAUGGGGUUAAGAUCAUAGUGCAGACUUUGCAAAUAUGUUACGCCCUCCUAAAAAUUAAUCCACCUUCCUACAUGCUGCUGCAGAAUCCUCCAGGCCUCCCAGCAAUUGCAGCUGUGUGGGUAGUGUGUUUAUUAAGAGGAAGUAAAUUUAUCAUUGACUGGCAUAAUUACGGUUACACCAUUAUGGGACUGACUCAUGGAGAUCAUCACCCAGUUGUGCAGAUUGCCAAAUGGUAUGAACAUUUUUUUGGUAAGCUGUCUGAUGCAAAUUUGUGUGUAACUAAAGCCAUGAGAGAAGACUUGAGAGUGAACUGGAGUAUCAAGGCAGUCACCCUAUAUGAUUCCCCAUCUCCCAUUUUCAGAGAAGUUCCUCUAGAAUUGCAGCAUAAGUUAUUUAAGAAGCUUGCCAAUGAUUUUGUCCCAUUUAGAGCAAGGACCGAAUCUGUGCCUUCUAAUUUGGAACAGACAGCCUUUACUGAACUGAAUACAUAUACUGGAAAUAUUACACAUAUCCGAGGAAGACCUGCAUUAUUGCUUAGCAGUACUAGCUGGACAGAGGAUGAAGAUUUCUCCAUUCUAUUAAAAGCAUUAGAAGAGUAUGAAAGAUUUAUAACCAGUGGUUCCAAAUUGCCAUCCCUUGUUUGUGCUAUUACAGGAAAAGGUCCAUUAAAGAAAUAUUACACCAAUCUAAUUGAAAAAAUGCAUUUUAAGUAUGUUCACAUUUGUACUCCAUGGCUGGAAGCAGAGGACUAUCCAGUGCUGCUAGGAUCUGGUGAUUUAGGAGUUUGUCUUCAUAAAUCAAGCAGUGGACUAGACUUGCCAAUGAAAGUAGUAGACAUGUUUGGUUGUCGUUUGCCAGUGUGUGCACUUGAUUUCCAGUGUCUACCAGAACUUGUGAAACAUGAAGAAAAUGGUCUGAUAUUUAAAAAUUCUCAUGAACUUGCUGAGCAACUAAAGCUUCUCUUCACAGAUUUCCACAAUGAAGGAAACAAACUUGGUGUAUUUAAAAGAAACUUGAAAGAAGCCAAGAUGGUUCAGUGGGAUGAGAACUGGGAUGAAAUGGUGCUUCCUUUGUUGGCAAGUCAUUGAGAUCUGACCAUUACUGAGACUCUUCAGCAGGUCUGGCUGUGUCUAUAGUUGCUUCUGACUGGAUCCUGAAAUGCCGUUGAUAAGAAAAAACCCAGUCUGAAGAUGACAUGAAAACAGGAAUGAAGGCCAAAUAAUUUUUGGAUUACAAAACUGAAAUGACUACAUUUUACAAAAGUCAACCUUAAUGUUUUUACAAGUUAGGUGUUAUUUUCAAAUGGAAUGCCUAGCCAUUUUGACAGAAAAACAUUGGACACAAUAAUUAAAGCUACAGCACUACUUUGAGUUUAAAAAAACAACUUGUCUCCUUAUGAAAAGCCAUGUGCAGUACAUUACUUUUAAUAUAAAAGAAUUUAAUUUUAUUUACAGCAUUUUGGACAUUAAGUUCCAUAAUUUAAUUUAAGCAACUCUAUUUUUAUACAUCUGUUGUAUGGAAACACCUCUGUAGCAGGUCCUUUCAUCGUUUGAUACUCAAUUCCAAAUUUACCUGUUUUCAAAAGAACAGAAGUAUCAGUUAUUUUAUAAUGAAUAAAGUCAAUAAUAAGUUAAUAAAGUCAAGCAGGGAAGGGUUGUAGGGAAAAGGGUAUUAAAUUAAAAUAUUUUUCUUUAAAUCCCAGGUUACAGAGCUUGUGGCUGAAUGCAUUUGGGUCAAAAAUGAAGGGAACUAUGGUCAGUAAACACCAUGGAGAUGGGGAAGAAUGUUAAAGUAAAUACCACAAUGAGAAUUUUGAAAUGAUGGGGGAGUUGGGACCAUUUUAUUUCAAGAAUGCAAGUUAAGUUUGCACAGGUUGAAGAAUAGAUCAACCAAGAGAAAAUAGGUUAGAUUUGGAAGGAAAAAUUGUAUUCAUAUACUUGAAAAUAGAGGUUGGGAAUCAUGUAACAAUUUGGAAGAGUGCAUUUUUUGUAUAGGGCGUUAAAGAGGGAAUUAUUCACAAGCAGAAAGCACAAUGAAAAAGGGAGGGCCACUGAGGCAGUUAAUACAAAUGUAGAGGAUACAAAUCUGCAUGGAGCACCACGUCAGCAGUAAUAGAAAGAAGAUUCAUCAAGGCUGAGUAAGACAACUCAGUAGGACACUGCUAAGUUGGCUUUAUUUAUUCACUUAUGUGCAGAUGGGAAAAUUGACAGAUGGUUCUUAAACGAGACUAAUUAGUACCAACGAAAAAGCAAACAAGUCAGUGUGUAUAAAAGGCAGCAUGCAACUAUUUUGCUUUUAUGAAUGGAAUUUGUUUUACCUGUUGCUCUAUUUUUUGAACUUCAAAAAUAAAACAGUUUGAUUUGUA